AUGACAGCACUCACUGAUAAUGCCUACUACGAUGCCGGCGAAACGUUUGAUAAUGUACCAAGUCCCCUGUCUGAUGCUGGGAGUCAUGACAACUACUAUGGCAGACGACUUAGGACUAGGUGCGUUCUAGUAACUCGCCCUGACAACAAGACCAAGUUGCGACAACGAGGUUAA